UGACAAAUGGUGUACAGUAGCAUAACUUUAUGGAAGGCGAUGGCGGACUCUUGGUUCAAAUUCUUGCUAAAGGUUGGAAAGCAAGGAAAAAAAACACCAAGGGUUGUAGUGUACCGAAAGUUAAUUCUGUCCACCCAAAAGAAGUACCUCCCUUCGAUCUUUAUAACGUGGCAAAGUUCAUUCACUCGCAGGUUUCAAGAGUGCUCUCUGUUUAUCUCUCUCUCUCUCUCUCUCUCUCACGAUGUCAAUGAUUAAUGACACUACCAUUAGUAACCUUGCUAGUGGAAGCACUCUGUGGCAAUAUGGUAGUGAAUUCCAGUUCCAUCAAGCAGUGGCCACUGCGGAUGAUUAUCACAGAUGGAGGUCAGUGGCAUCAAGGCUUGCAUUUGACAAUGAAUUGAGAAUUGCAGAAAGAUAUGCAAACACAGAUGAUGAUGGUCAUUGUAGAAAGAAUCGUUUUCCCGACAUGUUACUCAAGUUUUCUGAGAUGAAAAUCCAGCAUCCUUUUCAUGGGCAGCAGCCUGAUAAGUGGCACAAGACGCUGCCCCCUGCAGAAAUGCUGCCGAGGAAUGAGGUCUUGGGAGGCUUCAUUUUUGUAUGCAACAAUGAAACAAUGCAAGAGGAUCUCCGUCGCCAACUCUUUGGGCUGCCUCAGAAAUAUAAAGACUCUGUGAGGGCAAUAACCCCUGGCCUACCCCUUUUCCUUUACAACUACACAGCACACCAGCUGCAUGGAUUAUUCCAGGCUGUGAGUUUUGGAGGGUCAAACAUUGACCCAACAGCAUGGGAAGACAAGAAGUGCAAAGGAGAAUCAAGAUUUCCAGCACAGGUUAGAAUUCGAAUCAAGAAGAAAUGCAAACCAUUAGAAGAAGAUGCAUUUAGGCCAAUUUUGCACCACUACGAUGGCCCAAAGUUCCGGUUGCAGCUCACCGUGCCGGAGGCACUUGGAUUGUUAGACUUGUUUACAGAAGAGGAUCUUUACAAGGAUACAUAGCAGAAUUGCUGCAAACUGGAGCUCCUUAAAGAUCACAAGACAUCUAUAUAUGUAGGAAUAGACAAGGAUCCUCAAGGACUUGUUAAAGGACUCCUACACAUUGAGUACCGGAUCAUGAUAUUCAGAACUAAAGACUGAAGAGUCAGCUAUCUGUCAGACUUGUAGAAUUGAAAUUUUGAAUUGAAUUAGUGUAUUAUUGAUGUUAUCAUGUGCUGCCACAAAGUCAACAAAGUAGUUUCGCUUUCACUGCCA